UUCAGCUGUUCCACAACUGUCAGCCACAAACAAAGAGCUGACAUAAAUCGUCAGCACAUUCACAGCUACCCCGCCGUUAUCCGGCUCCCAUUUCUCCUCUGGCUGCAUGUCAUCAUAAUGUACUGAACCGUGUCACACGUCCGCCUGCUAUGUAUAGCAGUCUGUUCUCAGAGCUGUGAAUAAACUCUUGUCAGCUAGCAUCUGUUCUGGAGAGGAGCUACUCGGUCUCACCGGCAGUAUUUUGAUGUGCAGUAUUUCGAUCGGGAUCAAAGCUUUUCUUGUGAGCGUGCAGUUCAGCUGGGAUGUAAUGAAGAUCCACGACAGGGAAGUGAUGGAGUCCGACAGCUGUCCACACUUCAGCCAGCAGCCAUCGGACAGCCUGAGGGUCAACAUUGACGACAGCUCUUUCACUGUGGAUAAAGCCGUUCUGGCGGAGAACUGUGAGUACUUCAGAGCGUUGUUCCAGUCAGGAAUGAGGGAGUGCCAACAGGAAGAGGUCCACCUGCAAUGUGUGGGGGUUCUGGGGUUUCUGGUCAUGCUGCGGGUCCUUGAUGGGGAGCGACCCGUGCUGAGCAGCGACCAGAUCGUGGGCGCCAUCGAGUGUACGGCUUUUUUGCAGGUGCCCGCUCUCACCAAGCACUUGACCAACAUCGUCAAUUCUGAAAACUGCCUGCUCAUGUACCACACGGCCGCCACCUACGGCGUGUGGGAGCUCUCCCACACUUCAGCCUUGUUCAUCAGAGAUAUGUACACUGACCUGAAGGAGCAUGUUCGCGCCUUACCCAACAAGCUGGUAGAGUACAUAGAGUCUCUUCUCCCGAGUAGCUACUUGGCGGUGUGCAGCCACUCGCCGUCCACAGAGCUGCUGCAGGACUUCCAGAGGACCGUCUGCUACCUGGACGAAGACAAGGGAGAGUGGAAGGUCCUCACGCAUCUACCUGUGAGCACGAGCACCACGAUGGCAGGUGUGGCCGUCCUGGACAACAAACUGUACAUCGUCGGAGGAGUGCUUGAUGUAAGCAAGAAGGUAGUAGAGACUGGUUUCUGUUACAACCCUGCAUUCAACACAUGGACCACCAUCUGUGGCUCCCAGCAGCUACGCUACAACGUCACUCUGAUAGGUCACGAGGGCUGCCUCUACGCCCUAGGAGGUGAGUACGACACGAAGGCCCUGUCGUCUGUGGAGAGAUACAGGGUGUCUAGUGGAAGCUGGGCUUUUGUCUCCCCCCUCCCCUGCCCUGCAGCCUUGGUGGUGUCCGCUGUAGCUAUGAACAGGAUCUUUAUCUGUCUUUGGAAAGGUAAGGGGGCCACGGAUAUACACGAGUACGUGUCCGAACGGGACCAGUGGCGUCUGGUCACCACGCUCAUCCGUGAGCACAGUUACGGUCUUCACAUGGUGGCCCAUAAGGAUAAUCUGUAUGUGAUGCGUAAUGGACCCUGUGAUGACUUCUUACUGUGCGUGAUGGACUGUUACAACCUGAGCUCAGGCCAGUGGAUGGCCAUGUCCGGCCAGUACGGGAACAGUAAAGGCUCUCUGCUCACCGCCGUGGUCAGAGGAGACUCUGUGUUCACACUCAGCCGGCAGGUGACCACAGAGUACACCGUAGAGGAUCGCAAAUGGACGGUGAAGCGUGAGAUGAAAGGUUUUGGCAGGAUUGGAUCCAUAUAUACAUUUCUGAUGAGGCUGCCUAAAGCCCCCGUCUCCCCCGUGGGAAACUCUUCGGAUGUGACUCAGGACCAAAACGUCAGAGACUGUCCCAGAUUCUCCCCACAAUGCUCUGAUAACCUGUAAGAGCUGCAGACAGAGCUUGUCCAGGCUUGUUACUAUGCACUAUGUGGUAGAAGGGAAAAAAAGGUGAAGAAUAAAAUGAUGACCCAAACCGUCUUUUGUAAACAUCCAUCACAGUUUAUAGACUCACUGUAUGAUGAUCAUGAGGGGUUACUCUUUGUGUAAUCUGGCUAAACUGCUCGUACAUCGUCGUGGGAAUAUCACAGAGUUUGCAGAUCACACAGCAAUGAUUUGGUAACUGAUAGAAAUGAUGAACAAAACUACAAAAUUCAUGUCUUUUAUAUUAUAAAGCAGGUUUAAGUGCUUUAUUAUUGCUGUUAAACUAUCAAAACGAUCAAUAUAC